AUGCUAUCCUUUGCCCCCGCGCCCAUCUUUACGGCCAACUGGGACCACCACCGGCCAGCCGUCUCGUCCCCGCUCUCGUCCUCGCCGCUGCGCGCCUCCUCGCCCCUCGGCACGCAAGACGAGCGCGCCGACGCCUUUUCGCUGCGCCAGACGCAGUCCUCGCCCAUCCAGCCGCCCAGGUUCAAGUACGCCGCGCGCGCGACGCGCCCCAACCCGGUCCUGCGCCGCCGCGAGGACGCGCAGCAGCAGCGGCGCGCCACCUAUCUCCGCAGCGUGCGCGACAAGGCUGAGGACAAGGCGUGGCAGAGACGGGACAUUGAAGGACAGUUUCUGAAAUCGAACUGGAUCGCCGACAUGGAUCGCCUGUCACACGACGCGCCGGAGCUCUCCGAGGCGGAUAUAGAAGACGCCUCGAGUUUCCAACCCGAGUUGCUGCGGCUGAAAGAGGACGCGCAGGACGCGGAUAUGGACGGUGGUGAUGAUGACAUGGUCGACGAGUACGCCGAGGAUGCCGAGCUUGAGGCCAUGUUUGCGUCGUAUCAGCAGCAGCAGCAACCACUCUCGCCAGCGACACGCCCGAUAUCGCCGUCCUUGUCCGACGACGAGUACGACGAUAUUUUUGAAGAGUUGCUCUCGGCAAAGGAUAUCGACCAGGCUAUGCAGACGCAUCAACCUACAGAUUCGGCAGAUCAGAUGGACAUGGAAUGA